CAUGCCUGGUGCAACGACCCUCUUUCACCUGCAGUCGUCUGAAAUAAACAUCAAAACAGCUGCCGCCGUCAACAAGAAUUGCAACGAGAGAAAGGUUAUUUUCGUUUUUUUUUGAAUCAAAUGGCAGGGGACAAGAAGCCAGUGAAGGGCAUCAGGGCCAAUCAGCUAGCUGCAAUGUUGGAAGGCCAGAAAGAGAUGCUGGUCAUUGAUUGUCGUCCUAAUGCUGACUACCACAUCCUACACGUGCUAAACGCCGUCAAUAUCUGUGCCUCAAAGGUCACGCCUGAGAGGGAGUUGCUCACUGAACUCCUGCAGCCAAGCCCAACAAUGAUGACAAAGGACCUAGAAGCAAAGGAGUUGGUGCUAUAUGACCAAGAAACAAAGGAUGCAAAAUGUCCUCCAGCCAGCGACAUCAUCACAAUCCUCCUGCGAAAACUGGAGAAGCAAUUCAACAAUGUAUAUUUUCUUAAAGGGGGAUUUCUGGAGUUUUCCUCGUGUUUUCCCAGCCUGUGUGAAGGGAAGUCAACCAAUUCACUGCCCAGCAGCUUCUCACAGCCGUGUCUCUCCAUGUGUGACAUGGGACCCACUCAGAUCCUCCCCUACUUCUACCUGGGCUCUCAGAAUGAUGUUCUGAAUAAGGAGUUGAUGACUCAGAAUGGGAUAACCCACAUUUUGAAUGUGAGCAGUAACUGCCCAAAGCCCACAUUUAUCCCGGACAGCCAUUUCCUGAGGAUCCCAGUCAACGACAGCUACUGUGAGAGUCUCUUACCUUGGCUGAACAAGUCUGUGGAAUUCAUAGACACAGUGCGGUCAAUGAAGUCUCGGGUUUUGGUUCACUGCUUGGCUGGGAUCUCGCGGUCUGCAGCAAUUGCUAUUGCUUACGUCAUGAGGACAAUGGAUUUCUCUUUGGACGAUGCUUAUAGGUUUGUGAAAGACCGAAGACCCUCAAUAUCGCCGAACUUCAACUUCCUGGGCCAGUUAGUGGAGUAUGAAAAGACCAUCCUUCAGAUCCAGGCUUCGGCCCACACAGCACAAAGCCUCCUUCAUCCUCAGAACAGCCCAACGCAGGAAGAGGCCAACCAGCCGGACACUUGUGAAGACCCCGAUGAAGACGCAGCAAUACUCGCCCCUCAUUUUCCCACCUUGCACAUUCCAGCACAGCGCAUGGACUGUUCGGGUAAAGGUAAAGGAUCUGGCAAUGAUGCGGGUAGCAAUCCCAGAGACUUUGGGAAAGUGGCUCCAGACGUGACAGCCUUUCAGCAAGGGUUCUCCGAGCUCCGCCUCUCGCCAGAGCAGAUAUCCCACACCAGCUGCUUGAAGCGCUCUUUCUCCCUGGACGUGAAGUCUGUCUACUCUUCAGCCCCGCAUGUCGGAUGCUUUCAGGCCGCGCAGCCAGCGGAGACUGGCCCUGUUCCAAAGCUGCUGGGCUUUCAGAGCAAGUUGGUCACCAGCACCUUCAACCCAUUCACCCUCUUGUUCGGCAACGCCAGGAAAGGCCGUGGGAAAGACAGCAACGUGCCUCAUGGAGCCACGCAGGUUUCGAAAGCCCAGGAGAAAUGUAGCUGUCUCGAGAAUCCUUCCCCUGUCAUUGGAGCCGACCAAGGACCAAUGCGUUCACCUUGUGUGACUCGCCAAAAGGACAGUGGUCAGAAUGAUCCCACCACAAGAGUGACACUGAGCUUGCCCGCUGCCAGACAACCAUCAUCGCCACUGCUUGAUUAUAGCAGCUGCCUCAUAACAGUGCAUGGCAAGAGGACACAGUUAUCCCUGUUUGAACACCCUUACAGUGGCCCCACAGAUUGCAAGGCCAUCACACCCGAUCACAUCACGAGGAACGUGGGCCUCUACGCUGACAAUGUGGUGAAAUCCUAAACCUUGUUGUGAAAAUAAACAAACAUGUCCCGUGAUCUGUUUAGAUUGGAUUCGCCCCUUCUAAGAGGAAGGGUAGACAGGCCAAAGAACUACCCUUUGAACUUUUAGCCUGUUCUUCCUCUCUUUGACCACACAUGCCCUCUGCAGUAGGCCUAGAAUCGCUUAAUCAUUACCAUUGCUAAGGCCCCCACGUCAUAUUUCUCAGGCCUUUUACUGAUUUAAGGCCAUUCUUUAAUCUGUUGAGACAUUGUUAGCAACUGAACACAGUCAAAAGGCGAACAUCUCUGCAAAAACAGUGUCCACGGGAAAAUAACGAACAUAUGUUUAAGAGAACUUGAAUGAUUGGACGCACCUUUGUCCCUCAAAUUGAAAUUUGACAAUGGGGAGCAAAAGACUAACUUGGGAUUAAGACCGAAUUUCUUAGAGAAAUAAUUUAAAAGUAAAAUUAUUUUGCUGGUCCUUACUGAUUGAUGUUAAAUUAAGGAUCAUGGUGCGAGGGGUUUAUUAAUUGCGAAGGGUUUGCCGGGGUAUGUGUGGAUGCCAGUAAUCCUGAAGGAGACAUGAUGCUGCUAAGGCCAUGGGAAUGUUCUGUGUUGAAUUGGAGUUGCCAAGAGGGAACAUGAAGAUGGGUAUUCCUCCCUGAGUUUUAUAGGAUUGUGUGUGUGUGUGUGUGUGUGUGUUGUGGAGAGAAAGAGUUGGGAAGAAAACUUUCCUGCUUUGCCCCCUCCAGAUCUAAAUAAAGUGGUUGCGGUCCAUAGUAGGUUAGGUUGCAUAUGUUCUUUGGAGGG